AUGAAGGCAGUUGAGAACGCCUUGCGUUUCUUUCUUCCCCUUGAAGAAAAGGGCCACCUUGUCCGCACGGACAACAUGUCGGUGGUUUCCUACAUAAAUCGCCAGGGCGCUGAAUUCGACCUCUUUGCGUCUCAAGACAACGUUCAGUGUCCAAUAGGCUUCACAAAGAACAAGGACGUGCUUAGGGAGAAUGGCUUCUCUGUGCUUCUAGCAGCACUGUUCUGGCAGAACCAAGUUUGGUUUCCGGAGCUCAUGCAGCUUCAGAGCUUGGCUCCAUGGCCUGUCCCAUUGAGGAGAGAUCUCCUCUCACAGGCCGGGGCGGGAGUGGACACAUAUAUUGCGGGAGCGGGCGAUAAUUGUCAGAAGCGUGAUGAAGAAAACAGUCCCGAGCAGGGCUCUACCGCAGAGCAGCCAAUAGGUGCGCGAGCUGCCUCGCCUAGCACCACCAAAAAGUCAAAACAAGAUGACGUCGUGGCUGCUGGCGCCCAUGCAGAUGACGCAUCUAACGCGGCAAUCCUGGCUGCUAUCGGCACUCUUCAAAACAUGAUGCAAGAUUUCAAAGACGAUCUAAAGCAGAACACACUGACCAUAGCCAACAUCGUGAAAGCGGUAGAGUUUAACUCUGCAGAAAUCAAAGAUUGUAAGGAACAGUCCCAGAAACUGCACGUCGAGGUGAAACAACUCAAAGAGAUGAACACGGAGCUUGGAAAAAGAGCAGCAGAAGUGGAAAAAAGAGCUGUAGAGUUGGAGCGUUAUAAAAGAAGAUGGAACCUGCAAGUAAAUGGUUUAAAGGAGGUAAAAGACGAAAACACUCGACAAAUCAUCUUUGAGAUCAUCAGAAAGAUUAUGCCACACUGGAGGGAUAAGAUGGACUUCAUCCUGGAUUCGGUACACUGUCUGGGGCCGAGUAACACCAAUCGCCCUCGUCAGAUCAUCAUGCAGUUCACAGGACGACACUUCAGGGACGAACUCUGGCGCAUCACCAAACUUUACUCCGUUUGCAAGGAUCUCAACAUCCGAUUCGCAGAGGACCUCACCAAAGAAGACAGAGUGGCACGGAAAGUCGAACAAGCGAGGAAGAUUCCCAAGGAGGAGAAUGCAAGUAACAUCGAGCAGUUUAGGACAAUCUCCCUCCUCAGUGUUGAAUGCAAAACCUUCUUCAAGAUUGUUUCCAAUCGUCUGAUGGGAUUUCUCCUUAAGAACACCUACAUAGACACCUCGGUGCAGAAAGGAGGAAUCCCAGGGGUCCCAGGGUGUAUUGAACACACAGGGGUGGUGACUCAGCUGAUCAGGGAGGCACGAGAAGGCAAAGGGGACUUGGCAGUGCUGUGGCUGGACCUUGCCAAUGCUUACGGUUCGAUACCACAUAGAUUGGUGGAAUUGGCCCUGAGCAGAUACCACGUCCCAGAGAAGAUUCAAAAUCUCAUCCUGGACUACUACAACAACUUCAGUCUUAGGGUGUCCUCUGGGACUUUAAUAUCGGAGUGGCAGCGUCUGGAGAAGGGCAUCAUUACAGGCUGCACAAUCUCUGUGUCUCUGUUCGCACUGGCCAUGAAUAUGCUCGUGAAGUCUGCAGAAGUGGAAUGUAGAGGUCCACUGUCCAGAACUGGCACCCGACAACCCCCGAUUAGAGCAUUUAUGGAGGAUCUCACGGUCACCACAACCACUGUGCCCGGAUGCAGGUGGCUUCUGCGAGGCCUCGAACAGCUCAUCACUUGGGCAAGGAUGAGCUUCAAGCCCGCGAAAUCCAGGUCCUUGGUUUUGAGGAAAGGAAAAGUAGCUGAUCAGUUCCGCUUCAUGUUGGGGGACACCAGAAUUCCAUCAGUGUCAGAAAAGCCAGUGAAGAGCCUGGGCAAGCUCUUCACCCACAACCUAAAGGACACCGCUGCACGGAAGGGAACCAGCGAUGACUUCGACACAUGGCUCUUGGCAGUGGACAAGUCAGGGCUUCCUGGUAGGUUUAAGGCCUGGAUCUACCAACAUGGCAUCCUCCCUCGUCUCCUCUGGCCACUGCGGAUAUAUGAAGUCCCAAUUACCACCGUGGAGGGCUUUGAGCGGAAGGUCAGCCGAUUUCUGCGCAGGUGGUUGGGCCUGCCACGGAGCCUAAGCAGCAUUGCAUUCUUUGGCCAUAACACCAAGCUACAGCUUCCCUUGAGUAGUCUGGCAGAGGAGUUCAAGGUCACCCGAGCCAGAGAAGUCCUGCUCUACCGAGACUCAGUUGACACCAAGGUCUCUUCAGCAGGGGUAGAGGUCAGAACAGGAAGGAAGUGGCGCGCCCAGGAUGCAGUGGAACGGGCGGAGGCAAGGCUGCGGCAUAGCACCCUGGUGGGUACGGUGGCAACUGGGCGGGCCGGGUUUGGUAGUAAUCCCAAGCCAUGCUACAGCAAAGCCAGAGGAAAGGAGAAGCGGAAGCUUAUCCAGGAGGAGGUACGAGCCGAGGUGGAGGAAGCUCGCUUCAGCAGAGUGGUGGGCAUGUCUAAGCAGGGGGCCUGGACAAAGUGGGAGCAAACAGCUGGCCGUAAGAUCACUUGGGCAGAACUUUGGAAGGCGGAACCACACCAUUUCAAGUUCUUGGUCCAGUCAGUGUAUGAUGUCCUUCCUAGCCCUGCCAAUCUGUUCACCUGGGGCCUGGUGGACUCACCUGCUUGCCAACUCUGCCAGAAAAGGGGAUCAUUAGAGCAUAUCCUCAGCUGCUGCCCGAAAGCGUUGGGAGAUGGGCGUUACCGUUGGCGCCAUGACCAGAUCCUGAAGGCAGUAGCAGACGCCAUCUGCAUUGGCAUUAACAUUAGCAAGCAGCACCAUCCAACCAAGUCUGCAAUUGCCUUUGUUCGAGCAGGAGAGAAGCCGCAGCCCCCUAGAAAGACCCAAGGGGGCGUGCUGGCAAAAGCAAGAGACUGGCACCUCCUGGUGGACCUGGGGACGCAAUUGAGGUUCCCAGACACAAUUGCAGUCACAACACUACGACCGGAUAUGGUCUUGAUGUCCGCAGCAAGCAAGCAGGUGGUGUUACUUGAACUAACGGUCCCCUGGGAAGAGAGAAUGGAGGAAGCCCAGGAAAGAAAGAGGGCCAAGUACGCUGAUCUGGUAGCGGAGUGUCGGAGGAAUGGGUGGAAAGCCCGCUGUGAGCCGGUUGAAGUGGGCUGUAGGGGCUUCGCUGGCCAGUCUCUACACCGGGUCCUGGGACUCUUAGGGAUUUGUGGACUGCACAGGCAAAGAGCCAUCAAGAACAUUCUGGAAGCCGCUGAAAAGGCAGCACGAUGGCUCUGGUUAAGGAGGGGGGACGCGUGGCAUAGAGCGCUACCUGGACACAAGUCGGGGCUUGAUCACCCCCGGCUGGGUCGCCCGGGUGGGGGUGUCUGA